CAACGGACGGUCCAUGGCUUUGAGCUCCCCUGUCGGCUCUGCCUCUCCAACUCUCCAAACCAUCUCCCUCAAUCCUCCGCCGAUCACCCACGACUCGUUCUCGACAAUUCCCGUUUCUUGAAAACUCCCCACGGAGAGCCUUUUCGGACAGAAGAUAUGGAGAGGGAAGAAGGCUUGGGAGAAGAUGGGUCGCCAACGAGUGCUCUGCUUCCCAAAGAAGUCUCUGCCCACGGCAGCCAUGGCGGCUCCGUCACGCCUUUGAGUGAUCCUGCAGUCACGCCGCUCGUCGUUUUCAGCACUUUCGUCGCCGUCGGCGGUUCUUUCAUGACCGGGUGUGCCACCGGUUUCUCUUCUCCAGCCGAGUCAGGCAUAAAGGAGGAUUUGGGCCUAUCCACAGCAGCGUAUUCGCUUUUCGGUUCAAUAAUAACAGUUGGAGGUCUACUAGCAGCUCUGGUAAAUGGGAGGGUAACGGAUUUGAUUGGUCGUAGAGGAGUGAGUGAUCCUUUACCUUUCCCUUUCAUUCUCGAAAUCUCAGCGAAGAACAUGACAGAUCUUAUGGGAAUUCUUAAAAGAUAUGUCUGUUUGAUGCAGGCAAUGUGGCUUUCUCAAAUACUUUGUGCUGCAGGAUGGCUUUCCAUAGCAUUUGCCAAGAAUGCUUGGUGGCUGGAUAUUGGAAGACUGGUAAACGGGCUUGGCAUUGGGAUUAUAUGUUACGUGGUACCUGUGUACAUUGCUGAGAUAACACCCACAAGUGUCCGGGGAGCAUUCACGGCAUUCAAUCAGUUCAUGAUAUGCUGUGGCUUUUCAUUGAUUUACUUUCUUGGAACCAUUGUCUCCUGGCGCAUCUUGGCUCUGAUCGGUUGCAUUCCCUCCGUCGUACAAAUUGUGGGUUUGUCCUUUGUUCCAGAGUCUCCUAGAUGGCUGGUAAAAGUCCACAGAGAGGAGGAGUUUGAAGUGGCAUUACAGAGACUCAGAGGCAAAAGUGUUGAUAUUACUCAGGAAGCAGCUGAUAUCAGAGACUAUACAGAGACCUUUGAACGGCAGUCCCAGUCUAGAAUUCUGGAUCUGUUCCAAAGGCGAUAUGCUCAUCCGCUUAUAAUAGCAGUUGGGCUGAUGGUGCUUCAACAAUUUGGUGGGACUAAUGCAUUUGCCUACUAUGCAGGCUCCAUGUUUGAAUCAGCUGGCUUCUCAAGUAGCUUUGGUACCAGAAGCAUGGCUGUUGUCCAGAUGCCAGCGACUGCUCUUAGUGUAAUCUUGACUGAUAAAGCUGGAAGGCGGCCACUUCUGAUGAUUUCUUCAGCUGGAAUGUCCUUAUGUUGCAUUCUUCUAGGAUUGUCAUUCUUCAUGCAGGACCUUAAUCAUUGGAAGGCAGUGACCCCAAUUUUGGUGUAUGUAGGAGUCAUGGUGUAUUCCAUAGCUUACUCACUCGGCAUGGCAGGAUUACCAUGGGUUAUCAUGUCCGAGGUAUUCCCAGUAAACAUUAAAGGUUCGGCCGGGAGCCUGGUGACAUUCAUCAAUUGGUCCUGUUCCUGGAUUGUGAGCUACACUUUCAACUUCAUGUUCGAAUGGAGCGCACCCGGGACAUUUUUGAUAUUCGCAUGCAUAUGUGGUCUCACAGUCUUAUUCACCGCGAAGGUAGUGCCGGAGACCAAGGGGCGAGCAUUGGAAGAAUUGCAAGCAUCACUUGCCCAUUUUCUUCAAUGAUUGGGUCUGGGCCAAACACAAACAGCACUGACAGCAAGGCUUGACAGGAGGCUUUUUGUUGCAAAGAAUUAAUGCAAUGUGAAACGGUUAUUUAAAAGAGGAGAAGUUCCAUAAGAGUACAUUCCAUCAAUGUCAGUUGGUGCACUGCACCGGCCCGAUUGUAUCUUUAAGUAACUAUAUUUGUAUAA